UAUCUCAUAAGAACAGUGUUACUUAGAUUAUCUGUUUGUGGUUUGGUUUCAAAAAUAAAAACUGUUGAUGGUAUGCUCGGAAAUAUGGCUUAUCAACACCUCACCCACUCACUUAGAGAGAGAGAGAGAUAAGGAGAGGAAGAGGACAGGAGAUACAUAGAGGAGGAGGAAAAAAAGAGAGUUAGAGAGAGAGAGAGAGAGAGAACCAACUGACAUACAGGUGCAUCUAUAAAAAAAUAGAAUAUAUUUGAAAAGUUACUUUAUUUUAGUAAUUCAGAUUAAAAUGUAGAACUCAUAUUUUAUAUACAUGUAUUACACACAAAGUAAUCUAUUAGUAGUUUAUUGCUUUUAUUGUUGUUGAUUAUGGCUUACACCCAAUGAAAACCCAAAAGUCAGUAUCUUAGAAAAUUAGAAUAUUAUAUAAGACCAAUUGGUACUUUUGGUGGUCCUGCUGGAAAAUGAAAUCCUUAUCUCCAUAAAGGUUGUCAGCAGAGGGAAGCAUAAGGUGCUGUUAGAUUUUUCGGGAAAACGCUGAACUGACUUUGGACUUGAUAUAACACAGUGGAUCAACACAGGUGCAUUUAAUUUUUUUGAGAUUUGAUUUAUUUAAAAGCAAAAGGAGGUAAGGAAAAGAAAGAAAGAUAGAGAGAUAGAAUAGUGAUGAAAAAGGCAGACAGAUAGACAAAUAUGAAAUAAAAGUUCAAAAGAGUGCUAAAGAGAAAAGCAGAGAAGCAGAAUGGAAAGAAAUAGAGAUAAAGUGAAUAAGUGAGAGAGAAGGAGAGAAAUAGAAAGAGAGAGGGAGAGGCAAACAAAGAGAUUACUGACUAACAGCUUACGGAGGUAAGGAAAGGAGAUAGAUGAAGAUGCAGAAAGGUAGAGUGAUAGACUAAAAGUUAAAAAAACGAGAGAAAAGUAAAGCAGCAGAGAGGGAGAGAUAAAGAGAAAGUGAUAGCGAGAGAGAGAGAGAAAGAAAAGAAAGAAAGAAAGAAAGAGCCUACUACCAUUUAUUUAGAAGUGUGAGUAGAUUAAGGCAGGAAGAGAGAGAGACAGAGGGAGAGAGAGAUAAAUAGAUAGAUUUAUUUCAGAGUGUUGGUGAUGAAGCUCUCCCCCUCCCCCCACGGUUUCCUCUCCAGGUAGCAGGGUUGGCUUACUGAAAAUGAGCUUGUGGUUAAUCUGGGACAUCACCGCUGGAUUGUGUGUGUGUGUGUGUGUGUGUGUGUGUUCUCAACAGUCAGAGAGAGAGAGAGAGAGAGAGAGAGAGAGAGAAUACUGUCACAUUUGUUCUGUCAGUCUCACAUGAUGUGGCUGGUGAAAGAGCAUGAGGUCCAGUGGUGAGAGAUGUCUGUGAAGGUCAAUUAAUACAGACUCAUUUUACUUGUGUCCACAGAAGAUCUGUCUUUCUAUGUGAUGUUCUUCUAAUUAUGGAAGGACACCUGCUUCCCUUAUGCAAAUUGAGGAAGAGAAGGAUGCUGGUUGGUCAGGCUCUGCUACUUGUGAUGAUGUCACUCCUAACAUCAAGCAUUGGGGGUCAAAGUCUGACAUGUUACAAUGACUACAUUGAAACCCUCACGUGUGAAUGGAACAUUUCAGCAUUGGAGAGAAGCCAAAAUUUAAGUGAAGACGAAUGCUACCUGGAAGCCAUCUGUGAUGAGGUGGAUCAGGUACAGUCCAAUCAAAGUGAUCUGCAUCCAAUGGACUCACAGCCUGAAAUAUUUAUGGCAUCUAUCAAGUUCCAAAACAUGUGCCUAGCGUAUACUGAACACGUCUCAGUGACUGUUCAGUGUGGAGACAGAAUUGUGGAUAAAAUGGACUUUGAACCUAUUAACAACGUUAAGUUGAAUCCUCCAGAGAAGCUGCAGGUUCAUGGGGCGAAUGUGUCCUGGGUGCCUGGCUCUCCUCACUCAAAAGUGAUCACUGACAUUAUGUAUGAGUUGCAGUACAAACCUUUGGGUCAGAGCUGGAAGGAGGGAAAGCCUUUUCAGGAUUUACAAGAUUCACGCUGUUUUUUACCAGAACAUUAUCUGAUCUUAGGUAGGAAGUAUGAGGUCAGAGUGAGGUCCAGGCCAGAUUUUUCAGAAGGUUCUGAAGAAAGUUCAGAAUCAACAAAGUUCUGGAGUGACUGGAGUCCACCCACUAAGUGGACAUCUACCGUUGGAAAGCCUCCUCCAACCCCACCUCCCAGCGACAUGCUGUGGUUGACCCCGAGUCUGACCGGCACUGUUGUGGUCAUAACUGUGCUCAUCUUACUCGUCAUUUGUCGCUUCCAUCCUGUCAAAUGUUCUAUGAAGUAUCCAGACAUGCACCAUCCUUUUGGCGACCUUUACAACUUUCAUGAAGGAGAUUUUAAGUCGUGGGUUGGUACUUUUGUGGGUCCCGACUCGUUACUCAAGGCGAGUAUGGAGCACAUCUCUGCAGUGGAGGUCUGCAAGGUCACGAGCGUUGGCGUUCCUAUCAAGAUUGAUGAGAGCAAGAGAAAGAGCUUCUCCAACUCCACUUAUUUCCUGUCACAAAGCUCUAAAUGCUCGGUGUCGGACCAGCUGGAGCCUUGUUCAGAACAUUGCCCCUACGGGCCAGCUGUAGGCGGUAGUGUGGAUGAAAAAACGCCGCUGGCAAAUGAGGUCAGCCAUAAUAGUGACACUGAGAAUGAGAGCAGCAAUAGUGAACUAUUGGAAACGUCUUCGUCGUACAAGCAUCUGCAGAAACUGCGGCUGGACGUCCAGAGCCCGGACUCUGGCUUUGCUGCCGGGAGUGAUCAGGACAGUCAAGAGGAGUCUGGGAGCGAGGGCCUGCCCAGUCCACCAGUGGUGGACAAGGUUCUGCCAAUCAGCAGCGUUCUGCCCUGCCCGGUUCCACACAUUUCCCACAUGGCCAGCUUCCCUCACAUCCCGUUUUUUUCUACACCUGGGUUUGGGUGGAGCCUUGAGAACCCUGAUUUCCAAAUGCUGUCUUCUGGAAUCUCCACAAACACUUUUAUGCUCAAUCCAGACUUUGAUUGCUGUGGAAUGGUGGAACCUGCCAGCGAGGACUAUAUGCCUGUAAAGAAUGUCCAAGAAGGAUAGUUUUGCACAGAUUCACAAAUGGUUACAGAUAGAAAACAGAGCAAAUGAAGCCAAAUACAAGGUCUAGUUGUAUUUUUUGUAUAAAUUUGUCUUAAAUUGUGAUCUGAUCUUCAUCCAAGUCAAGGGAACUGACAAAUGUGAUGUGCCUAAAAUAUUAACACACAACAAAAUAUAUUUCAUGUCUCUUUAUUGAAAACAACCACAAAAACCUCAUAGUGUUGGUGAAAAGUAUGUAAACCUUUGUGUUAAUGACCGCAAGUCAAGUGUUGCAUAUUUAAAGCCUUGCUAGUUGUGAACUAGAUGGAGGUGUGAACUAGAGCUAUUUUGACUGAUAAGCACCACUGAACCUUGUAGAGUUUGUUCCACACAAAAAGGAGACAUGUUUGUGAGCCAUUCUGUGCCAAAAAGGAUCCAUUCAGAAGAUCCAUGAUCACAAAUGGUUGAUUUACAUUAAGUUGAUGGUUACAAGUGAUGGAGGAAACAUCAUGAUUUGUCCUGCUUUAUUGCAGGGCCUGGCCAGCUUACAAUCAUUAAGUGGAAGAUGAAUUCCCAAAUGUAUCAAAACAUUCUACAGGAUAAUGUGAGAGAUAAUGUUCUUAAUGUUAUUAUGUAAGGCACAUUAUAUUUGUCAAUACCCUUAAAUUGGAUCGCAUAACAAUCAAGGACAAAUUUAUGCAGAAAUGCAGGACAUUUCAAAGGGUUUUUUUUGCAACUGUGCAUAACUGACCACAUUUGCUGGUCUAAAGGGCCUAAAUGAGGCCAAAGGGUGAGAGUGGGAUAGAGGUAGAAAGGAGGCGGAGCAGGAAAUGAGGUUUGAAGCAGUUAGUUUGUUAGUUGAGAGUAAGUGCUCUUUGAAGAGCUUGGCCUUUAGGAGUUUCUUACAGGGAGCAAGGGAUGCUCCUCCACUGGUACUGGAACUAUGUAUGAAAACAGUUUGGAUUGCUUUGUGUGAAUGUUGGGCAAAGCCAGGCGAAAACGUAUUCAAUGCAGUAAACCUGCCCGACUGCAGCCUAGACUUUGGGACAAGGCUUUAGCUGAUGCCCGGGCAACGACAUGCUAAGUAUUUGUUCUUGUUAAGAGCUGAGAAUAAGGGCGCUGAGUGGUCCAGAGGUCUAAUGCACUGUCUCUGUGAACAGGAGGUUGCAGGUUCAAAUCCUGUUCAUGUAGCAACUGCCGGCGCCCAGAGCAGAGGUGGAAAAAGUACAGAAAAACUGUAAUUAAAUAAAAGUACCUUUACUUUGCUAAAAUUCUAGUCAAGUAAAAGUACCCAUCUAAAAAUCUUCUUGAGUAAAAUUAAAAAUUACAAAAACAAUUAUAAAAUUGUUUGUAAUGAAUUAUUAUUUCACAUAAUAAUUUGGAUCUUUCAGGCAGUAUUUGUUCAGACCACCCCAUAAAACAUUUUCAAAGAACAAGUGGCAUAGGAUUCUAUGAUACGAUUUUGUUUUUACUUUUAAAAAAUAUAUAUAUACUUUUGUUAUGGUCAUAUUUUUACAGUUUUACAGUUCAUUGUUAUAUUUUAACUUGCAAUUGCAAUUCUUUUACUGCUAUUUAAAUGUUUUUUUUUUUUUUUACAUUUAAGCAGAUUGUUUAAUGAUAAAAAAUACUUACAACCACAUGUUUUCUCAGGUUUGAUGUGGAAGUUUUGAAAGCUGAAAGCUCUGUCCGGCGGGGCAGGCACAUUUUGCAUUGCAUGAGGGCAUUAUUCCACGUGCGAGCAUCCGUGCACCGGCGCAUCCACACCAAUUAAUAUUUUUUUUUAAUUCAGACAAUUGCUUUUUUCUCAGCAUUUUUUUUUUACUCAGUAAUCGGGAGCUUUCCAAUGUAGCAAAGUAGAUUACUUGUGUCAAAAUGUACUUGAGUAAAAGUAAGAUUACCUAUUUUAAAAACUACUUAAAAAAUAACAAAUUACUCAUAAAAUCUACUCAAUUACAGUAACUUGAGUAAAUGUAAUUCAUUACUUUCCAAAAGCAAAAUUGGCAAAAAAUUGGGUAGAUGGUGCUCUCUCCCCAUCACACUCAAAGAUGGCACUGGGCAGCACGAGGUGUCUGCGGACAUAUCGGAACCUAGUUGCUGUGCAGAAAUAAAUUUAAAUUAAAAGCUGAGAAUAAGUGAGUACUACUGAUCUGGAAAAAAACGCAGUCACUUUUGGAAGCAUGGCUUUGACUACUAGUGCAGUGUUUUAUAACCUUCCAACCUAGAAGUUUUUAAAUAGGAAUGAAACUAGACUAAAAUAUCUGCACUGACCUAUUUUUUUGUCUUUAAAAUUUUAAAAGCUUUUAAAAACCUACAAUCCGUUUAAAAAAUUAAGCUUAUUACUUUGCAAUGCAAACACCGACAGCCUUAAUGUCUAAUGGAGCAUCUGUAGUACUCUCUGUUAUCUUUAGCAGCUCUGAAGCUAAUCCUAAUUAACAGUGUGUUACAGUGUGUGUGUGCGACCUACAAAUUGGUGUUGUGAUGUGUGAAUGUCUGUGUGUGCACAUACCUUUUAUAGAUAAUCAAAAGCAUGUGUAUAAUACAGAGCUGUGAGUUCUUUAGCACUCAAUAAACAUGAUAUAGCCUGUC